CUAUAGUAAUACUAAUGAUCAAGUUGGAUUUUGCUUUUUAGGACACUUAACAGUAUUUCUCACAACAUUUCUAGUUCCAGUGUUUCUCAUUCUCAUAUUUAAUUUGGUCAUGUACAUUCUUAUUCUUCGAGUUCUUAUUUUGCAUACUGUGAGGAAGAAACAGCGACAAGGAAAAUCAUCAAUGUCACCAUCAGAAGCAGUCAGAAUGUUACUGUCUUUCACUGGUAUAAUGUUCCUCCUUGGUUUGACAUGGAUCUUUGGUAUCUUCACUUUUAUUUCUGAGCCUGGAGUUUCCUAUACCCUUCAGUUCUUAUUUGCUUUCUUCAAUGCUUUCCAAGGAUUCUUUAUAUUCAUAUUCUUUGUUGUGCUGAGCAGUGAUGCAAGAGCAGCAUGGAAAUCCCUAUUGUGUCCAUGGUCUGUAGAAAGCAAACAGAAGACAUCAAAAUGCCAUCUUUCCUCUGAUAAAAAGACAAUGAUAGAUAAAAAAUCAGACUUGAGUGAUUUUUCUAAAAAUAGCAGUGAUUAUUCCUCUCUUCCUCCUUCUCUUCCUACUCCAUUUCUCCCUUCGCUGUCUGAAAAUGAAAAUCGAGUGGAUGCAACACCUAAAAGUAUUGGAGACAUAGAAUUCAAAGGAGCCCGCAUAACACGUAGAUCAACUCGCAAGCACACUCAUCACAUUGAGGAAGUUAAGUUGGAUUUCUUUGACAGUGAUACUGAUGACUACUUUGAGAAUGACUUUUAACUCAUAUCUACAGGAUUUAGCUACUAUUAUAUGUAAU